AUGCAGCACCUUCGCAGCCUAGCAAUCCAAAAGGAAAUGCCAGUGGCUUGGAGAAAUGCCGUCAAUCUGACGUGUGACUCAAUAUUACAAGGAGCCUUUACCAGCGUAACGAAUAGCACUUGUCCUUCUGAAAAGUGCAUAAAUCAUCUUGUCGAGGCAUGCCUCACUCGAUAUUUGAGCAUAAACUUGAAAAUGAUCAAGUACUGGUUCGUCUUGGACCAAACUCAUUAUGAGGCGCCCGUUUAUGUGGAUGAGACGUACAGGGAAGCUUGCGGCACUCUUCUUUUGGGACACAUCAUUCCUGGUAUCAAGAGCCUGGAUCAAGUCAUCAACAGAGACGAGCUGCCUGGCUUUCCUCGAACCUUUCGGGUCCAACGAUCGACACAGAGCAACGUCUCUUGGUCUCGCAGCACACAGUUAGAUGGCAGUGCCGGCGCGAGCGCAGGUGCUCCAGCUCUUGCCGGGUUCGAUCAGUUGGAGACACAGGCCAUUGCGCCUACGACAAACUAUAUUCAGGAUUGCAUCAGGGCUCCUCAAGUUGCUGCAUAUGUCAAGCAGCGCAAGACACUGGGCAGCUGGAAGCUUUACAUGAUUACCGGAAUCAAAAUUGGAAAAGGCGCAAAACUUGAACACAGAGACUGCCAGGGAAAAUCCGGGGGUUCAAACCCGGGCAUCGACAUCGCUGAUGCCUUCAAUGUGGGAAUCGAGGGCCAGUAUUCUCGGCUAACCGAGACAUCAGUGACAGCUCAAUAUGACGAUGCCUUCAUUUGGGCUGUCAGGCUACUUGAGAUCUCAGGUAGUUGGUUUCAUUCAAGUAUUGGGCUUGAAGCUGUCACUACGGGAACCACACUUGGUCUAGACAAAACCCAGGCCACUGCCGAAGCAACUGCCCUUGCCGCCGGGCUGGAUAAUUAUUGUGUAAUAAGCUCUGAUCAUCCAGGGGAUGAUGAGGAAAUCUUGCUUCUCGCUGUCGACUGA